AUGCAGUCGCUUAUGAGUGGUAUGAAUGCUUCAGAAGAGAUGGCCACCUUUGUGAAAGUUCUGUUAGUUGUGUGCUUUUGUUGCCAACAUUUAUGGAUUACUAAAGGCGCCACUCUCUCUUCCUUACGUAUAAACCAUGCAGGCAAGACACAGCAAAGAAAUACUGAAUAUUUACCACCUCAUACAACUGAAAACUAUGCUGAGAAGCCCAAUUAUUACACAUCCAAUACUGUGCGCCAAUCCACAUACCAGUCACAGCAGGUCAACAAAGUGUCUCAUCCCUUAAUGCAUUUCACCAGCAGAAACCUAAGCAACGCGCAACAAUCUCACACAAAACUCUAUACGUCGUACGCUGCGCCUGCAUCUGGCUUAGCGCCUUUCCCAUACUCCGCGCCGCAACGAACCAAUCAAGGGUCGUUGCCCACACUUUAUCCGAAGUCCUUGGGGGGCCAACUUACAUCAGCUGCAGCAUCACAGUCUCAAGAACUGGAAUGGCAGCAACAACAACAACAACAACAUCAACAAUAUGCAGAUAUACCAAAACAUUUAAUUGAUCUGCCACUCGCCAAUGCACCGUUGCUCAUGAUCGAAGAGCCCACAGCCUCGCUAUUGACGCCCAGUCAAAAUAUCACAUUGGAGGCGGCGCGCAUUUUGGCAUCAACGCUGCUGGAGGCGAACGGCGAAGCACCAUUGGAAACACCCGGCCUUGCGCCGCUCUCCAAUCCAAAUGCCUUGGACCUGCCAAAUAGUCUCAAUAGCACCGAUGUUUUCAUUGUGAAAUCGCAAAAGAACGCCUACAUCAUACCAACGCCGCUGGCCAAAGAUGCGAGGAAUCCGGCAAACGUACGAGCGCUCUAUCAAAUGCGCGAUCAAUUGGAUAAGGCUUAUACUAUAAAUCAGUUUAUUUUCAUUAUAAAACCAGAACGAAUUAACUUCCUAAAUAAAUUGGUUUGAUGCGGAGGCGCUGAUUUGAUGAAUUGUUGUUGAGCAGACGACUGAUUUUUUUUGGGUGUCAUAUACAUUAUGAGUAUUAUUGUUUUUGUUUUUUGUUUAUUUAGUGUUGUUGUUAGUUUAUACGAAUAUAGUAUUUAGUUAGUUUA